CGACAGCGGUGCGCCCGCUCCUACAUGUCCCGCAAUGCACUGCGGCAUCCGAGCUGUGUGUAUGCGAGGCAGAGAGAGAGCGAGAGAUAGAGAGAGGGGAAGAUUUGGGAAUUCGUCUGCAGACUUGAGGCUACGCUGUUACGAUAAUGAUGGCCUAGCAGCCCUGCUAGCUGCUAGUAUUUCCUCGUGCGUCUGUUUGCGUUUUGGGUUAUGAGCAGCGGAAAGACGCCACGCAGCAACAGAUACUCCGGAGAAGCAGCACCAGGCACCACAGCAACCACCCCCAGCAGCCCCUCCACCCCACCAGCUGACUCCAGCAGUGGGAGCAAGAUGGAGGCCUCAUUUGGCCCGACUUUCUCAGCCGUAGCUGCUGGAACUAAAGCAGAAGCGUCCAGCAGCUAUAAACAGCACAGAAGAACUCCCUCCUCCUCUAGCACUCUCACCUACUCUCCCAGGGAUGAUGACGAUGGGAUGCCCCCUAUUGGGACUCCUCGGAGGUCUGAUUCAGCCAUCUCAGUCCGAUCACUCCAUUCAGAGUCCAACAUGUCUCUGCGCUCUACAUUCUCUCUACAUGAAGAGGAGGAGGACACGGAGCCCCAGGUUUUUGCUGAACAGCCGUCGGUGAAACUGUGCUGCCAGUUGUGCUGUAAUGUUUUCAAGGACCCCGUCAUUACCACAUGUGGGCAUACCUUCUGCAGACGAUGUGCCUUGACUUCAGACAAGUGCCCAGUGGAUGCGGCUAAGCUAACAGUUGUAGUGAACAACAUCGCGGUAGCCGAGCAGAUUGGAGAGCUGUUCAUUCAUUGUAAAUACGGCUGCAGGGCCACAGGCAGUGCAGCAGCAGGGGCUGCAGCCCCCACCUCCACAGUGGCUGGGAAACCUGGAGCAUACGAGGUGGACCCACUGGGCUGCCCGUUCACUAUCAAAUUGUCUGCACGCAAAGAACAUGAGGUCAGUUGUGACUACAGACCAGUCCGCUGCCCCAACAACCCCUCCUGCCCCCCACUGCUCACCAUGAACCUGGAGGCUCACCUUAAAGAGUGUGAGCACAUCAAGUGUCCACACUCCAAAUAUGGCUGUACAUUCAUUGGUAAUCAAGACACAUAUGAAACACACCUGGAGGUGUGUAAAUUUGAGGGUCUGAAGGAGUUUCUGCAGCAGACUGAUGACAGGUUCCAUGAGAUGCAGCUGACUCUGGCCCAAAAGGACCAAGACAUUGCCUUCCUUCGCUCCAUGUUAGGCAAACUGUCUGAGAAGUUAGAUCAGCUAGAGAAGAACCUGGAGCUAAAGUUUGAUGUGCUCGAUGAGAACCAGAGUAAACUCAGCGAGGACCUAAUGGAAUUUCGUCGAGAUGCCUCCAUGCUUAACGAUGAGUUGUCCCACAUCAAUGCGAGGCUCAACAUGGGAAUCCUGGGCUCAUACGACCCCCAGCAGAUCUUCAAGUGUAAGGGCACAUUUGUUGGCCACCAGGGUCCCGUUUGGUGUCUGUGUGUCUACUCCACCGGGGACCUGCUCUUCUCCGGAUCCUCAGAUAAGACUAUCAAGGUAUGGGACACCUGCACCACCUACAAGUGUCAGAAGACCCUCGAGGGUCACGAUGGCAUCGUACUGGCGCUGUGUAUCCAGGGAAACAAGCUAUACAGUGGCUCUGCUGACUGCACCAUCAUUGUGUGGGACAUCCAGACCCUGCAGAAAGUCAAUACUAUCCGUGCCCAUGACAACCCUGUAUGCACACUGGUCUCCUCCCACAACAUGUUGUUCAGCGGCUCACUCAAGGCCAUUAAGGUGUGGGAUAUUGUGGGCACGGAGCUGAAGCUGAAGAAGGAGCUGACCGGUCUCAAUCACUGGGUUAGAGCUCUGGUGGCCUCCCAGAACCACCUGUACAGCGGCUCAUAUCAGACCAUCAAGAUUUGGGACAUCCGGUCUCUGGAGUGUGUUCACGUCCUGCAGACCAGCGGGGGCAGCGUCUACUCCAUCGCCGUCACCAACCACCACAUCGUCUGUGGCACUUAUGAAAACCUCAUUCAUGUGUGGGACAUUGAGUCCAAAGAGCAGGUGCGGACUCUGACAGGCCACGUGGGAACAGUUUAUGCUCUCGCCGUCAUCUCCACCCCUGAUCAGACCAAAGUGUUCAGCGCCUCCUACGACCGCUCACUUCGGGUGUGGAGCAUGGACAACAUGAUCUGUACCCAGACCCUGCUGAGGCACCAGGGCAGUGUCACAGCUCUUGCUGUCUCCAGAGGACGCCUCUUCUCUGGAGCUGUCGACAGCACCGUCAAGGUGUGGACGUGCUAAGCUAACAGCUUGCUCUGCAGGAGUCCAGUCGACUUCACAUGAGGCUAUGAACGGUAACCUUUCCACAUGAUUUUCUCCUGCACAGCCGUUACCUUGGCUGUGAUUAAAAACAGCCACAGACCAAUAAUAACCGCCACCUCACAAGCAAGCUGCAUCGGAACUAUUUUAUAUAAGAGUUGCUUUUACACUCCUGUAAACACACCCGGACACCUGGACCCCACCGUCGGGGUCGGGGCUCAGCUUGGGGUCACGCUUUCCUUAGUGACCUCAUCAGCAGUGCAUUAUGGGGCAAAAUAAGACAAGCUGCCUUACAGUUCGUCACUCUGCACCAAAACCGACGUUGACUGGACGCUGCCUCCCUGUAAUCAGAGCAGGAAGCAGAGAGUUUGUUUUUUUUUAAACUCAAGAUGGUCCUGCUUACUCCCUGUGGACACUCCUGCCAUUCAAGAACUGUACUGAUGAUGCCUAAUGCAUACUGUUCAGAUAAGUCAAAGGGCUGGUUUCACAAAUGUUGAGUGACACCACACUCACUCCAAAUGUAUUUAUGUUAUCCCAGAAUGUACCGGGACAAAGAUGAGACAAACAAUGUGGGAUAAGAUUGUUUAAUCAUCUGAAGUAGCAACAGUUUGUUAUGUUAUAAUGUAUGUAGACUUUAUUGACUCUGGCCCAGAAGUCUUAUUCUCACAUUCUUUCAUUUGCUGAUCUGAUUUUCAAAGACAUACUGUGGAUCUCUGUGACCUACUCUUACAGAGAACUCCUUUAUAACAACUCCAAACAUUUUUAUUCGACUCUCAACUUCAACUUGAGUCUGCAGCAUGUAAGAAGUUUGCUCAACAUUUUUUUCAGACAUUGGGUCAGGGCUCCAGCGUCCUAUUGUCUCAGGUGUGAUAAUAAAUGUGUUUGGGAUAAACAUAGAUCUUCACUGGGACACCUCUAGGAUGAAACAACUUCUGUACCUAGGUUUGUAUAACUGAACCGAGCACUGACUACACAGGAGUGCGUCCUCAUUCAUGCUGUAACUACAGUUACUAUUAUUAUUAUUAUUAUUAUUAUUAUUAUUAUUAUUAUUAUUAUUAUUAUUAUUAUUAUUAUUAUUAUUACUGGCUGGGUACUCAGACAAGACCUAUGUAAAAUAUGAAGCGUUAAAAUCUGAAAUGAUGCUAUGAACGGGGGAAUGCAUUCCUAUUUAUUCCCUGAUGAUGCUACGCUGAGAACAACAAAUCCGUAUUUGAAAUAGGAAGAAGGGGAGCUAAAAGCUGUUAGCAGCGGAGAACCGAGGUGUUCUUGGCUUACGCAGCAAACAGUACAAAGAGCUAAUAGAGCUGGCAGCUACACACACAGCAGGAGUUUCUGUUCAGGGGAGCAUGUGUUAAACAGCGAGCAGCAGUUAAAUGUGACAGAACAGCACAUUUGCACUAAAUAGGUGUAGUGAAGUACUUCAUCUGAGUACAUUUUGGAGGUAAAAGUACCUAUAAUGCUAAUAUAUCUAACUAACAACUCCAGAUCAUUUUAACAAUGUAAAAAAAACUUAAAUCUUGAUGGUUUAAAUUUGCUUGAGGAUGGUUAAAUUGCUAUUUCAGGACGAUUCAGUUAAAAAGAAAGUGGUAUUUCAGUCAGUUCAUUUAAGACUGAUGUGAAAGCUGCUAAUCAGACUCUCGUUUGGGCCAAAGAAAUGUACCGAGGCUGCAUGUAAAAACACACAGGUGUACACUGCAUCAUCUAACAUGAAUGAGAUUUCAUUGAACAUCUGAGUGGAGUGUCCCUGCACUCUCACCCAGCAAGUGUAUUGAUAAUAACACUGGUCGAGUAGCAUUACAAAUGAACUGCAGUCUUUUCCUUAGCGGAGGCUGUCCGGAGGAAGAAGGUUUGUCUCUUUAACACCGCAUUUCAGUUCUAGACGGAAAAAGUGUGCACGUCAGCGCGGACGGACGCAGGUGUAAUAACACAUUUCCUCUCCGCUUGUUCAUUGUGGUGUCGCCCAGAUGAGCUCUGUGAAACCAGCCUUUAUAAACCACCUUUUUAAUAAGUAAAUAAGACUUUAAAGAGAAUAACAGAUCUAUAGAUUUCCUGAGUUUUUGUUUUUUCUUUUUGUAUUAGUGCCAUGAUAGAGCUGUAUUGAGAGCCACUCCACGGUUGUACAGUUGUGUAAAAUAAGAGAUAGUGCCGAGCCUGGACACGUGCCCAUGAGAAUGACUCACACUGGCCUAAAUAACCGAGGGACAGGGAGAGAGGAAGACGGUCCGUGUGCAUGCAUGUGUUGCUGUGUAUAUGUGAGUGUGUCUCAAUGAGUGCCAUAUGUGUGGAUGAAGAGUGAGGAAAGACUGUAGCGAGGUGUCUCUUUCUUCCCUCUUCCUGUCCCCCCCCCCUCCGAUCUCUAACCUCAGCUGGUUAGAAUAAACAUAACUUAAUACUGAUUGUUGUUCUAUGACUGUAACACUCCACAGACCUGUAGUGAAGACAAACAGUCGAUUGUGUGUAAUUAACCUUAAAAAAAACCCUGGGGCAAAAGCAGAGAAAGUGCCACUGAGCUCAAGUAAAGUCCUGCUUUCCCUAAAUGAUGUUUCAGGACCCAUAUUGGGUUGAAAAAUGACUAAAUAUGCCUGGGAGGGUAGUUUUGAUUUCAUGACAUCAUCUACAUCCAAGUUUAGUCACAUGGCCUAAGUUAAGUCUUCACAGAUGUUCAGAAGUACUUUGCCUUCAUUUCAAAGCAGACUUGGCCACUCCUCACUUCAGCCUUGGUGAGGAAGGGAGUGGGGACGAGAGGAAGUGUCUUCACUGGUCACAGUUUCAGAUAUUUCUUGUAUACUUGUAAUCAUGUAAGCCUGAGUUGAUCAUUGAUCAAUAAAACUGUUGUACACUUUGAGAACUGUU